AUAAUUUUAAUAAAAGAUCACGAAAAAAAAGGUUCUUCCACCGUUCGCCUCUGGAGACUGGGGAAAGAGGACGGAGAAGGAAGACACGAUCAACUCACCACCACCAGUGUUGCUCGAACCGGAGAAUUUAAAUUCCUAAAAAUCUGUGUGCACUGGGUCUUUAGAUUCAGCUGGUACAUGGGUCUUGUUUGUGGAUGUUCAAAAGACUGCAUUCCUAUGGUUCGAUUUGUUCCUCAGGAUCAGCAAUGUGAGAGAGAUUACUUUGGUGUCUGAAUUUCAGGUUUAUGUUGAGAAGGUUUGAUGGAGAUAUCAUUGUUAAAAAGGCUUCUAAACAAAAUUUCCUCAUUUUUCCUUUUAUCAUCUCAUGACAACAUAGAUUCCGAACCUGUUCGGAAGUACUACCAGAAGAUAGAAGAGAUAUUAAAGUUGUUGAAGCCAAUACUUAGCACCAUUAUCGAUUCUGAAAUAGCUUCUGAUGAACUGCUUAAUAAAGCAUUUGAAGAACUGGGUCGAUCUGUUGAUGACCUGCAGGAGCUCUUUGAAAACUGCCAUCCGCUGAUGAGUAAAGUUUAUUUUGUUCUGCAAAUUGAACUAUCGAUAUCAAAGAUUAGAACUUUUGGCCUGGAAAUUUUUCAGCAGCUUAAAUCAUCUCAUCAAUGCCUCCCUGAUGAAUUGAGUUCGGCAUCUCUUGAGACAUGCAUACAGAAAGUUAAGCACAUGGGAUAUGAACAAACAUCAACUAUCCUUCAAGAAGCAAUAAGAAAUCAAGUGCAGGGUGCCGGGUCCAGCUCAGAGAGCCUGAUGAAACUUGCAGAUUGCCUGAGCCUAAGGUCAAACCAGGAGCUUCUAAUUGAGGCUGUGGCUCUGGAAAAGCUGAAGGAGAAUGCUGAACAAGCUGAAAAAACUGAGGAAGCUGAAUAUAUUGAUCAAAUGAUUACUCUUGCUACCCAAAUGCAUGAUCGUUUUAUCAUAAUGAAACAGUCCCAGAGCUGUAAUCCCAUUCCAAUACCGGCUGAUUUCUGCUGUCCUCUCUCCCUUGAACUGAUGACAGACCCUGUAAUUGUGGCAUCAGGUCAAACCUACGAGCGGGCUUUUAUCAGGAAAUGGCUUGAUCUUGGGCUAACUGUUUGCCCUAAAACAAGGCAAACUCUGGCACACACCAACCUAAUACCCAACUACACUGUAAAGGCUCUGAUUGCAAAUUGGUGUGAGUCUAACAAUGUGAAGCUGCCUGACCCUGUAAAGUCUUUGAAUUUAAAUCAGUCCUCACCCCUUCUUGCCCAUGCAGAGCCCGGUGCUCCCAGGGAUGCACAUAAUGUUCCUCAUUCCAGGGCCAGCCAACCAAUGUCACCUGAGUCAACUCGCUUUACUGGUUCUCCUGGAAAUAACUUAGUCCCAUCUGGUGGAAUCCAUCGAGAAGGAACUUCUCCAUCACAUCCCCGUUCUCGCUCAGAGGGUUCCUUGUCCGGUGUAGCUGGAAAUGGGCAUGGGUCAGAUAUUGAAGACAUGAGUGUGGAUUCGGUUGGCCAGCCCUCUACAUUACCAUCAAGAAAAGAAUCUUCUAAUUCUACUGGGGCUGAUGAAAAUCUGUGUCGAACUGCCUCAGCCUCCACUUUGCCUUGUAAUGCAAAUUCUUCUGAAGGGACGCUAGGGGCUGAUAUUGGAGUCUACAGCAGUGAUGUUUCUGGGGAGAUGACUUCAGAGCCACAGGCUGCUGCUGCUAACUUGACAACCCCACAGAGAGAACCUGAUUUUCCACUUCGGUUGGAGACAAGGGCUAGGAGCCAAGCAAUGUGGCGCCGACCAUCAGAGAGGUUUGUUCCAAGGAUAGUGUCUUCUCCAACUACUGAAACGAGAGCUGAUCUUUCUGGCGUUGAAGCCCAAGUUCAGAGUCUGGUUGAGGACUUGAAGAGCGAGACAGUUGAGACUCAAAGAGAGGCCACAUCUAAACUUCGACUGCUUGCCAAGCACAAUAUGGAUAACCGGAUUGUAAUUGCAAACUGUGGGGCCAUAAGCCUGUUGGUUAAUCUACUCCUUUCAGAGGAUGCAAAGACUCAGGAAAAUGCUGUUACAGCACUUCUCAACUUAUCUAUCAAUGACAAUAACAAAACUGCAAUUGCAAAUGCUCAGGCAAUCGAACCUUUGAUUCAUGUCCUGCAGACAGGGAGCCCCGAGGCUAAGGAGAAUUCAGCUGCCACUCUUUUUAGCCUCUCAGUGAUUGAGGAUAACAAGGCCGCGAUUGGCAGAUCAGGAGCAAUUGCACCUCUUGUUGAAUUAUUAGGCAACGGGACCCCUAGGGGAAAGAAAGAUGCAGCCACAGCUUUAUUUAAUUUGUCAAUAUUUCAUGAAAACAAGACCCGUAUUGUGCAGGCUGGUGCUGUGAGGCAUCUUGUCGAGUUGAUGGACCCUGCAGCUGGAAUGGUUGAUAAGGCAGUUGCUGUUCUGGCUAAUCUUGCUACUAUUACUGAGGGGAGGCAUGCGAUUGAUCAGGCAGGAGGGAUCCCUGUUCUUGUUGAAGUUGUUGAAUUAGGUUCUGCAAGAGGGAAGGAGAAUGCAGCUGCUGCUCUUCUACAGCUGUGCUCAAACAGUAGUAGAUCCUGUAUUAAGGUGCUUCAGGAGGGAGCUGUCCCACCAUUAGUGGCAUUGUCGCAAUCUGGCACCCCAAGAGCCAAGGAAAAGGCACAGGCACUUCUUAACUGCUUCAGAAGCCGUCAUGCUGGUAGGGGGUGAAAACAUAAUCUUUGGUGUCAUCCAAUGUUGUGAGUUAAAUUUUAUACAGUGUGUAAAUUUUAUGUUGCAAAUAAUGCAUAUUAAGGUGCUGCUGCUUGGAUUUUACAUUUUCUUUUGGGGAAAAAAAUGAUUUAUGGAGAGGUUCAUUAAGUCCUCUCAUGACUGCCUUACCAAAUGUGAGUGUGGAGAAAAGUUAUACCUGUGAUUCUAGUCUUUCUAGUCUCUGUAAUGUGAGCUUUGGCAAGACCAUGACAUAUGAAUAAUUAGUUCUAUUUGGUUUUGUCAUGUC